UGGUAGGAAACGCACACAGGCGUGCACACUGUGGCUCGUGCUGGGCGGUGAUAAAGUCUUGCGCUGGUGAUGGGCCGCUCUCAAGUCACACCUAGAGACAACAGCAGCCGCACGCACGACCUUGUAAGCAUCCAUACACCUUCAAGAAUGGUUGAGCCCAGCCCUCCAGCGCUGCACCUCCUCUCCGGCGGGGAUGUCAGCAAGGGUGUUGGUGUCAAAGUGGAGCAGGACGAGUCCGGCGGAGGAGGAGGAGGAGGAGGAGGAGGAGGAGGAGGAGUCAUUACCAGUGCCGAACCGCCCAAGACAUCUCCCUCACGUGAUUGGUCGGGAAAUCAUCAACUGGAGGCGCGGCAAUUGACACCACCACUCUCCUGCUCACCUUCGGAGGGCUCUCCAGGUAAGGAGCUGCCCCACAGGCAAAGCCCCAUGGGACUGAAGGAGGCCAGGACACAUGACAGACCAGAGGGACCGUCUAACUUCAAGGAAGUAAUGCCCACCAUUGAGAAGCUGCUGAAUGCUGACUGGAAGGAGAAACUUCUGGAUAAAAGCACAGUGGGGGCAGGACAAUUGAAAGGUACCCCAGAGGCUCUGGCAGAGAAGGAGCUGCAGUUGUUGAUGAUGAUCAACCAGCUGAGCGGUCUGAGGGAGCAGCUGCUGGGGGCCCACUCGGAGCAGAGGAACAUGGCCGCCUUGCUGCUAGAGAAGCAGCAGCAGCAGAUGGAGCUGGCUCGACAACAGCAGGAGCAGAUUGCCAAGCAGCAGCAGCAGCUGAUCCAGCAGCAGCACAAGAUCAACCUGCUCCAGCAGCAGAUCCAGCAGGUGAACAUGCCCUACGUGAUGAUCCCGGCUUUCCAUCCCAACACCCAGCCCCUCCCGGUCGCCUCCGACCCCCAGAUGACUUUGCCGCUGCAGCCGAUCCCGUGCAAGCCAGCCGUGGACUAUCCCAUGCAGCUGCUACAGAACCCUCACUCCACCCCCGUCAAGAGGAGCAGUGGGUCCUUCCGACAGGAAGCCAGUCAGCCCUUGAACCUGACCUCCAAGCCAAAGGGGCUGGAGCUGGGGAAAACACCCAGUCCGCAGAGCCUUGAGCUGGGAUCGCUGGCGCUGCAGGGGGCCUACAGGCCCAGAGAUCUCCACAGAGAGGUGUCCCACAGCCCGCCGCGCUCCGCCCUCAGUUUCCUCGGAGACGGCGAUGUGGUCACCCAGGCCAUCCAUGAUGCUCAGCUGCUCCUGAGGAGCCACAACACCGGAGGGCGAGAGAGGGACAGAGACAGGGAGAGGGAGAGGGAGAGAGAUGGCGGCAGAAAGAUGGAGUAUAAAGAGUCUCCCCACAGCGAGAGAAUUUCUCACCCCGAGCAGGGCGAGGGCAGACACGGCCUGCCGUCCACCGAGGACCACCUCAGCAGCGACUCGGAGGGUGCCCUGCCCAGCGCGGUCCCAGGCAGCUACGCCGAGGCCCGGCCCCCUCCCUCCUCAGGCCACAUCAAGAGACCCAUGAAUGCCUUCAUGGUGUGGGCCAAGGACGAGCGCAGGAGGAUCCUGCAGGCCUUCCCCGACAUGCACAACUCCUCCAUCAGCAAGAUCCUGGGCUCCAGAUGGAAGGGCAUGUCCAACCAGGAGAAGCAGCCGUACUAUGAGGAGCAGGCGAGGCUGAGCAGGCAGCAUCUGGAGCGCUACCCGGACUACAAGUACAAACCCCGGCCCAAGCGGACCUGCAUUGUGGAGGGGAGGAGGCUGAGGGUGGGCGAGUACAAGGCCAUGAUGAAGAGCCGCCGGCAGGAGCAGAGGGCGACCUACACGCACAGUCAGACGGAGCCACAGCAGAUGCACUACUCCCACAGUGAAGGCCCGUACCCGCCCGGGGGCACCGGCUCCGUCUCGGUGGCCUCCAUGCCCUUUCACCCCGCGUUACUGGAGCACUACCUGCCACAGGUCCCGCCCGCCUCGCGUCGACCGGAGGGCCAGGCCACGCCCACUACACUGCCCAGAGAGAGGGAGAGGGAGCGAGAGAGGGAGAGAGAGCGGGAGCGACCUCCAUACAGCGAAGGAGAGGAAAGCGACGGGGGAGAGAGGAGUGAGGGGGAACUGGUGCUCCUGACAGACUGAAGGGGGGCGGGGGGGUUGAGGGAUGAGAGGGGAGGGUAGCUGAGGAGGACGUGUGCUCUUUGUUGACUGACAGUCAGAAAAAGAAGGAUAAAGGAUGAAGAGGGGAGAUGGAAAGGGGGUCGGGUUGUCGCUGAAAGAGAAAAAAGCGCCUCUGUUAGGCGACAGUGAGGAGAUGUGAUACGUCACACUCACUACCUUGUACAUUUCAGUGAAAACCUGCACACACACACACACACACACACAUUAAGGCAAGCUCCUAUCUUACUCAUUUCCCUUCAUAGACAUGUCAUCGGCCGCUUUGUUUGCGAAUAAAGAAGGUAUAGUGAAGUUAUAAUACAGAAGUUUUUAUCACUUAAUCCCUUCUGCUUCUUGUUUCCUCCCACAUGGACUGCCGGUGUACAAACCGCCCCAGCAGGGAUCACAUUCAUUGGAGGAAUGUGUAAAAAAAACAAAACAGAAAAAAAAACAAAACGUGCAACUUCAACAGAGCCCCCUGUUUUCACCUGUCAGACAGCUGAGUAACUUCUCUGUGGUGGGAGCAACAGGCCCGAGGCAGAGCUGUGUGUUAUCAGUAUGUCAGUACUGCCCCCUGCUGGUGGAGGCUGAGCAUUACUAAAUGAAGAGGAGUGCUCCCACGGUCCUCAUGGCUCAUUGUGUCAAGAAAAGUUCAAAUUUGGCAAGUCAUAAAAAGCUCCAUCAUCGGUAUAUUUGGUCUUGAUGGGAACAAAAGAAUUGAGGUAAAUAAAAUUGACACGAUAAAGGUGUAUUCCAGCAAUUUAUUAUUGCAUUUCCAUGAAGAAGAAACACUGGAGCAGAGAAGCAGAGGCUAAAGUAUUCAGAUUUUUGUCUUUCAGUAGACACGCCCUCCUUCGUAACAGCCCACUAUUACCGUUUGUAGGCAGAAGUAAAAAAAAAAAAUAAAAAUGUAGGUCUUGUGAGUGCUGGUAAAACCUGCUAAAAAUAGGCAGUUUACUUAUUCCCAGUGCUGCUGGACAAAUUAUUUAGAGACCAGGUACCUUAUUACAGAAGAAUGGCCUAAAUGUCCUAAUAAAAGAUGGGAAAAGUCAGAGCCAAAUCCUAAACUCAUGGCUGUGUCCUGUCCUGUCCCAGACCUCGUAUGUCACUUAAGAAAUCCUAAUUAGAACUGUAAACUCGAUCCAAGUGACACCUGUCCUGUACUGCCUGUGUGUUAGUGUUCAUGAGACUGCCAGAAUCCAAGGAAGCGGCUGUUUCACGUAGCUUGUCACUGAUAGCUAGCUAGCUGUAAUAGACAGGAGAAGACAGGCCUUCAGUGUUAGCUUUGACGAGGCAGAGGCAUUAAUCAUGUCAGUAGAAAUUUAAAGCUACUAGGCUCACAUACUUUAAGCGUUAGUGUCACCAACAGGCUAACCCCCAUGUUAUCUUCUCCAACAGACAAACUUCAGUGUUAGCUUUCCUGCUGGAAAAAAAAACAGCGAGACCAGCAUAUGUUGUGUUUUGGUGCAGGUCUAUGCUGGUUUCUCCAGCAGGCUAAUAUCAAUGUUAGCUUCUCCAAUGGGCUACAUUGAUGGUAGCUUCUCCAACAGGCUAACAUCAAUGUUAGCUACACCAACAGGCUAGCAUUGAUGACAUCUCCUCCCACAGGCUAAUAUCAACAUUAGCUUCUCCAACUGGCUAAUAGCGAUGCUCGUUCCUCCAACAGGAUAAUUUUAACAUUGGCCUCUCCAGGAGAACAUCAAAGUUAGCUUUUCCCCUGCUGAAAAAUCCAGCGUAGACCAGCGCCAAGACACAACAUGUGCUAGUCUUGCUAGUGCAUGGUCACCAGUAAGACCAGCAUGUGUUGUGUUUUGGUGCUGGUCUAUGCUGUUUUUUUCAGCAGGCCUAAUAGGCUAAUGUCGAUGUUAGCUUCUCAUAUAGAUGUUAGCUCCUCCAAAAGGCUAGUGUCAAUGCUGGCAUGCAACGUGUGCAACAUGUCUCAAACUGGCCAACAUCGUUCAUGGCUUUUCCAACAGGCUAAUGUUGAUGUUAGCUCCUCAUAGUGAUGUUAGCUUCUCCGGCAGACCAUCAUCAGUGUCACUUUCUCCAACAGCUGGUAGACCUUCAAUCAUAAUACAUUAUAUUGUUUCCCCUCUUCAUUGUCAUUGCCAUGAGGUGAUGUUUUUUUUUUUUUUUUCCUUUGGAAAUUUAGGACAGGGUCUGUGCCAUUCUAACUUAGUAAAUACUUUUUUCAUAUUUUUCAUAUUAGGGAAAAGAAAUCUUGAAGGAUUUCAGUCCGUCACAGCCAUGGAGUCAGUGUUUUAGUUCAGGGAUUUGCUUGUUGCGCCUGACGGUUUUAAACCGCACCAUCAAUUCAAUUAUUUGUAAGAAGCUGCCUCUCGAAUAGCGUACAGUACAUUAACAAUGGAACCCUCCUCCUUCUCGCCCUCCUCACGUCUCACUGUUCAGUUGAGCUGUGCUGUAAAUGCUGUAGCUGUGUGUCUAUCAGAUCCCUCUCAGUAGCUUGGUGGGUUGACCUCAGCCUUGCCUUUUCUUUUAUACCUCUGUGUUUGCUUCUUUGAGUGUUAAUAGAUUGUCGUGUUGAGGACCUCCUAUCUGUGUACCCCAAUGUCUGCGGUUUUUAUUUUUUUGUUUUUUGUUUUGUUGUGUUUUUUUUGCUGCUUCAUCCAUCUGAAUAUUUUCACAGGUAUCUAACCUUUGCUGUUGACCACAAAAUGACUGUUUCGUGUUUUCGGGAGCUGUCAUUUUCUUGUUGACAUUCUGAGGUUUUUUCUCUUGAAUCUCCUGAAGCUGCACUCAAAUUAGUUUCAGAUUUUGAAGACUGAAAAUGAAACGAUGUUACAUUGUUGCGGUGAAACAUCAACUGUCCUUAUAUUAGAAUUUUAUUUUUCCUGUUCCACAGAGAGGCGAAUCAAUUCCCAAAUCACAUCUCACAUGGGAGCAAAAGCUGCCAUUUGUUGGUAGGAUCUACUCGUAAACCCAUUCUCUGACGGUGGUGACGGAAAUGGAGAAAAGUUCGAUUAAUGUUUGCGAACUUCUCACAGUGAUGGGAAAUACACAAACGUCCUGAGUGACCGGGUCGUGACUGAACCUCUGGUCGACUUGAUGAGGACCCUGACACCAAAAUCCUCCAUGAGUCCGCAGUUUGUCACCAGCUGUGGCGUUCAAUGCUAGCAACCAGCUUGCUCAGCGAUAUUAGCUGAAUGGUAUGGUAUGCUUUGUAGGCAUAGCUUGUAAAAGUAACGUACCUGUGCUGUUAGCUGUGUGGACACACGCUGAUCUGCCAUCAAGCAGUGAAUGGUGUUGAUGAGAACAUACCUGACUUCUUAACUUUUAUUAACAUGUCAUUUUAUUUAGUUUUUCUUUGUAGGAAAAAAAAGUGAGUUCUAAAAAUACAAUGUGGUAAGCUAAGCUCCAUGCUAGUUAUGUUACUGCUUAGCAUUCAACACCUUCAGUGGCUGUACGUCCCAAAAUUGAUUUUGAGUAAGUUAAAUAAUGCUAAUUAAAUAAGUAUUUUUUUAAUGGCUAGCUUUAGUAGCUGAAUUUGUAGUCUCAUGUAGUGAGUACAGUUUGUACAAAUCUAAGACAAAAAAGUGUUAAUAUAGUGCUGCAGGACUGACAUAUUUUUGUAUGCUAAGUUGGCAACACCCUGGUUCCAUUGACACGAAGCCUAUGGGACGUUUGAGUUGGAUUAUGGAUUAUUAAAGAAAAAUAAGCUCUGUGUCAAACAGGUUUUCAAUGCAAAACCCACUGACUUCAAGAGGAGAGAACCAGUUUUGCAAAAAUGCUAAGUUAUUAUCAGCCUAGCGGAUAACCCCGCACCAGAAAUAAACCCGUUACAUCCUGCUCGCUAUGUCAAGCUAAUAGCGCGUCGCUGUUGGCCUGUAGGAAUCUACGGCUAAUGCUUCUGAGCAGCGCGUGGAUGUCUUUGGUGUCUUUGUCCUCAACACUCAAUGACUAUGUUGACCACAAUACAAAGUGUAGCUCAUAACACUGGGGUCAAUCCACCUGUAGCUAACUGCAAGGUUGACAAAUCAAAAUAAGCGGGAAAAGACUCAUUUCAGACCUCGGGGUGGGGGGCGGGGGCUUAUAUACAAUCAUGGUCAGGGCUGUGUAGAGACAACAUGCUGGCUUUUCGUGCACAGAGAUGGAUAUCAGAGGAAAAUGUUUAUCUUAUUUUAGCGGAGACACGCUGAGGAGUCACCUGUCGUUACCCCUGCUGAUGUAAAUAUAGAAAGAGACUUUAUUUUGUUUAUAAGAGCCUGUGUAAUUUAAAGGUGUACGUUUCUCUAUGUUUUCAGAGUUUUGUGUUGUUGUUCUUUUUUUUUUUCUUGAAAGACAAUAAAUUGGUUGUGUUAA